GAACCACAUUGUCCAGACUCCCGUCCGGGGUACCACCACCAGCAACACCACCACCAACCUGAACAAUAAUCGUAUAAAAUGGACUUCGUGCCGUUUACGUUAUUUUUCAUGGUUUCUCUGCUGAGCUUCCAGGUAAGUGUUGGAAAACCAGCGAUCACAAGAGAAAGCAAUAUAUGGCCUGAAUCCUGUAACGGGAAAGCCUUUUGCGAAGAGAAGCCCGACGAUUAUCCCCCGGAAGACAAGUUGAUACAGCUGUUUCACAUUUACAAAGAUAAGGCUCCGAAAUUGAAUCAAACCAGUGAUCGCAGUGGAAGUGAUUGCUCCCCUUUCUUUGAUUAUAAGGUGGAAGAGUACUACAUGAUCCUUGACGAGAAUAAAGAAAUCAGAUACGCUCUCUAUAUUCUUGGACACUUUUCUUUUCCACUGACUAUCAUACAAUGUAAUCCAAACGCGCCCAAAAAAUACGAGUUGCAAAUGACAAACAGCAGAUGCGAGACAGGUUACACGGAUCGUAGUUUUUUCGUGCUGACCCGCGAUUUGGAGGGACUGGAAAUUGUAAAGUCAGCCACAGGAAUACCUUCUAGUUGUACAGCUGAGCCAUAUGAAGACUAUUAAAACAAUGAUUAUCA